GCCGGUAAGCGUCUUGAGUGUGGCCGGACGCUGUCUGAUUACAACGUUCAGAUGGAUUCGACUCUCCGCCCCGUCCUCCGUCCACGCGGUGGUAUGCAGGAUUCAAUAAGACACUCACUAGCGAGAUCGUUACGCAGGCGGCCGCUAAUCGCCUAG